AGCUAUGCAACAGAAAGAGCGGCGGACUAGGCCGUAUCUUCUUAGAGUCUAACAAUUACGGAGCGAACCGGCAUCGGCUCAGUCUGCAUCUUUCUGCAAGAUUCUGGGUUGGUCAUAAGCCAUGGGAGUAGCCUUGACUAGAGCAGCUCAGUGGACCACGGCUGGAUCUGGAACCGGCACAUUAGAAAUUACCCCCCUGAACGAAUCUCUUUUAAAUGAAAUUAUCAAGUUUACAGAAACAUUUAGUAGCAAGCAUCCCCCGGAAGCAGCCUUUGUCUUUAAAGAACCACUUGAAUGGCAUACACAACUAGAACCAUCUGCAUUUGAGGCAGGCUAUGAAGUCAGUGAAAAAACUGUCCAGUCUCAAGAAAGAGACAAAAAUGGACAGCCACUGCUCCUCCUCAAAGGAUCAACUAUUAGCGUUCGCAGUUUUGGGCAGCUGUCUCAUUUACUCUCUGUUGCUGGGAAAAAAAGACUAAAAGAAGCACAGGCAUGUCUUGAAGCCAACAGAGAUCCCAUUGUGAAAAUCCUUGGCCCUGGAUAUGGAACAAUUGAAGGAGAGGAUUUGUCCAUGCUUCGUUUACUAGACAAAAUUAAAAAGGAUGAUGCAUCAGACAAUGAAAUUAAAAUGAAAAUUUCCCUACUACUUCAGCAAUUGGAUAUGCAGUUGCUGAACAGCUCGCUGAAACAGAUAUCACAAGAAGUGAGAUUAACACCAACUGCUGUGAAAAAUGAAGUAGAAUUGCUUAAGCAUUUCUCUGGGACAAUGGAAGAUGCAGUUCUUGAAUCACUAGACUAUUUAUCAGACUAUGAAUUCUUCAAUGGAUGCCGUGCCCCACCUUGGAGACAAGUACAUGGGGAAAUUUGUUAUUUAUCAAUUAAACCACGUGACACAGAUAUUAUGUUUGUUACUUGUAGCACAGCAGGAGUAUUCUUAAAUGGAGGAAGAAGCAAUGAGAGAGAUGAGAUUGAUUAUGAGAGGAAGAGUGACAUACAUAAAGAUCUUGUCACAUUUUUAAGAGAACGAUCAUCAGCAUUUACAGAAAAUAUGGCUAAACAGAAAUACACAUUUUUUGAUGAACCAAAGUAUGAAAAGCAUUAUCAGCAUAUGGAAGCAGUUGAGGCAGAUGAAUAUGGCCAAGCCCCAAAAUUUUACGACUAUGCAGAAAAGAAUGUUUUUGAAAAGCCUAAGAGUCCUCUUGUAAAAAGUAAAACUCCUGACAGCAAGAAAUUAGAACCAUCUCUUAAGUGGAAGACUACAACAGGCGCUCGAGAAAGCAAAUCAGCAAGAAAAUCCGAUGAAAAAGAAAUCAAGCAUGCCACUCCAGAAAGCAAGAAAAGAUCCAGUGGAACACCAACUGCCUCUCUUAAAAGUAAACCUCCACCAAAAAUUGAAGAUGCAAGUGAAAGUUCUUCUGAGAGUGAAGAAGAGGAUGAACAGCCUGAACGCCAUCAGGAAAUUAAUACUGAUUUGCCAUCAGAAUAUUGGCAGAUUCAAAAAUUAGUGAAAUAUAUAAAGGCAGGUAACCAGACGGCUACUGUAAUUGCAUUGUGUUCAAUGAGAGAUUUCAACUUGUCUCAAGAAACAUGCCAGUUGGCAAUUAGAGAUGUUGGGGGUCUCGAAGUGCUGAUUAAUUUGCUUGAUACUGAAGAAAUCAAAUGUAAGAUUGGUUCAUUAAAAAUCCUGAAGGAAAUUAGUCAAAAUGCUCAGAUAAGACGUACGAUUGCUGAUCUUGGAGGAUUGCAGAUCAUGGUUAAUAUACUUGAUUCUCUAGAUCAAGAUUUGAAGUGUUUGGCUGCUGAAACAAUAGCUAAUGUAGCUAGGUUCAAACGAGCCCGAAGAACAGUCCGUCAGCAUGGUGGAAUCAAGAGACUGGUUGGGCUGUUAGACUGUUCUGCAAGCCUCAAUCAGCUUCAGGGAAAAGAAAUUGAAGUAGCACGUUGUGGUGCUUUGGCACUGUGGAGCUGCAGCAAAAGCGCUAGGAAUAAAGAAGCAAUCCGUAAAGCUGGAGGCAUCCCUCUGCUGGCUCAGUUACUGAAGUCUCCUCAUUCAAAUAUGUUAAUACCUGUGGUAGGAACUUUGCAAGAGUGUGCCUCUGAGCCCAGCUACAGACUAGCAAUAAAACAAGAGAAAAUGAUUGAAAAUCUUGUGAAAAAUCUGAACAGUGAAAAGGAAGAAUUGCAAAUGCAUUGUGCCAGUGCAAUCUUUAAGUGUGCUGAAGAUCAAGAAACUCGUGACCUUGUUAGGCAACAUGGAGGCCUGAAACCUCUUGCUACUUUAGUUGCUAAUUCUGGAAAUAAAGAACUUCUGGCAGCAGUGACUGGAGCAAUCUGGAAAUGUGCAAUCAGCAAAGAAAAUGUGACAAAAUUCCGAGAAUACAAAGCCAUAGAAGCUUUGGUUGGCUUGCUAACAGAUCAGCCAGAAGAGGUUCUUGUAAAUGUGGUAGGUGCCCUUGGUGAAUGUUGUCAGGAACAAGCCAAUCGGACCAUUAUCCGUAGAUGUGGUGGAAUCCCAUCUCUUGUUGCCUUACUCACUGGAACCAAUCAAGCUCUUCUUGUGAAUGUGACUAAAGCUGUGGGGUCUUGUGCAACUGAACCAGAAAAUAUGGCGAUAAUUGAUCGCUUGGAUGGUGUUCGCUUAUUAUGGUCAUUGUUGAAAAAUCCUCACCCAGGUGUUCAGGCCAGUGCAGCCUGGGCUAUUUGUCCUUGUAUUGAAAAUGCAAAGGAUGCUGGUGAAAUGGUUCGUUCAUUUGUUGGUGGUUUGGAAUUAAUUGUUAAUCUUUUAAAAUCUGAAAAUAAAGAAGUUUUGGCAAGUGUGUGUGCUGCUAUCACUAACAUAGCAAAAGAUGAAGAGAAUUUAGCUGUUAUAACAGAUCAUGGUGUUGUUCCUUUAUUAUCCAAAUUAGCAAAUACAAACAAUGACAAAUUAAGACGGCAUUUAGCUGAUGCCAUUUCUCGCUGCUGCAUGUGGGGAAGUAACAGGAUUGGUUUUGGAGAUACCAAAGCUGUUGCCCCUUUGGUACGUUACCUGAAAUCAAGUGAUCCGGAGGUUCAUCGAGCUACUGCACAAGCACUGUAUCAACUGUCAGAGGAUCCCAACAAUUGCAUUACUAUGCAUGAAAAUGGAGUGGUGAAGCUUCUGCUGGGUAUGGCAGGCUCUACGGAUGAAACUCUUCAGGAAGCAGCAGCUGGUUGCAUAGCAAACAUCCGCAGGCUGGCUCUGGCUGCAGAGAAAGCUAAGUAUGGCUGAAACUCGAAGCAGCUUUUAUCAGGCCCUGUAAGCUUUUCCUGUCUAAUGUACUAUGCUAGCUCAGAUUGAUGGGCAAAGAAUGAUUGAGAAUGUCUCAGAAAUAUAUAUUUUCAGUUAUUUGUUUUAGUGUGGCAUACCUAAUCAAAAAUAAAUUGAUGCAAAAGUGAAAUAUAAAGUAAAAAAGUGCAUGAUAUUUUAGCAUUUACCCGUAUUACUGUAUUUUAAAAAUUAUUCAUAUUUUAUUGCUUCCACUGGAUAUAUUUGACAUAACCCAAAUACAUCACUAUAUGUCCAAAAGCAUUGUAAAUCUAAUAAUGCUGCCUUUCUUCUUGUUUGGAACGUAUUUCCUUUCAUUGUAUGUGGCUGUACAAUUUUUUGCUAAUGUGUUGAGCUAAGUCUGUCUAAUUGUUCCAUUAUUAUGAUUUUCCUUAGUUAAGUACUAACAAAUCUCAAGAGCACUACAUUCACAUAUGCCAGUUUCACAUCUGAAACUAUACAAGGACUUUAACACAUGGACUUUCCUACAUGUUCCCAACGUUCCCUCAAAUACCCGGAUUUUAGUACUUUAAUACUAUCUGUACCGACAAGGUCAAUUAAUUUGAUUAGAAAUACAUAGUGAUCCAAAUACAAGUUUAAGUCUUAAAACUCACAAUUAGAUAUAUUAAACCUAUUUAAAACAAAUAGGCAUUUUCUACUUCAUUACACUAUCUCUGGCCAUGUCCUGUUUUUAGCUCAUGGUACUGCUACACUGCAAAUCCAUGCUAGAUAAUCAAUUUAGAAUCAUGGCUUUUCCCAAAGAAUGUUGGAAAUUACAAUUUGCAAAAGGUGUGUACAAAUCAUUGUUCCAUGUUUCUAGAUUCCUUCACAUUUCCAAGAUCCCUUAUGGGCUUUCUACCAGAUUCGAUCUGUGAUAUAGCCAUGCCCAUAAUUAACUUCCUUAUGGAAGUAGUUGCUACUGAUGCAAUUCCUGUUGACUAGCUUUUUCUCUAUAUUGUAUGUAGGAAAAUUUAUAAAUAUCACUCUAUAUUAGCAAUUCUUCCCUAAAGACUUUAGCCUUAUUAAAUAUGUGAGAUGGAUAGUUAUUUUCAAGUAUUAAUUUCCUUUUCAAUUGCAAUAAAUACCUUUUCUUUAUCAACCUUGUCAAAUCAUUGAAAGCCUAACUUUUUAAUAUCUGCUGUAUAAAGAUUUGUAUCAAGUCAUACAGUUUAAGUAUUUGGAAUAAGAUGAGUAAGUUUUGCAAAAUGAAAU